AUGUCUACACUAUCUUAUCUAGCGCGAUGUUUACACUUACGAUCAAAUUAUGAUUCAUCUUUAAUUAUUCGUGAUGUUGCUUAUUUUUCUGGAUCAGAUGCACAUGUUAAUCAUAAAUUAGAUAUAUUUCUACCUGCGCCAUCAAGAAAUCUAUUAUCACCCGCUGACGAAGAAGAACCUCAAAAGAAAGUACCAAUUAUUGUACAUAUUCAUGGCGGUGGUUGGGUUCGUGGUAGUCGUACACAUGAAUGGCGCGGCGGUCCUAUAAUCGGUCGAACAUCGGCAAAAGAAGGUUUUGUUGGUGUUGUUGCAUCCUAUCGUUUAGCACGUAUAUCACCUAUUUCAUUUUUUACUUGGUCAUUCAUUUUUGGUUUGAUCAUCUUGAUUGCUUCGCUUGCCAUACUUUCAUGGCAACUUAUAACUGGCUACAUUGCUUUUAUGAUUAUUGUUUAUGCUUAUAAAUGUUUAUAUAAAGUACGAAUACCGGUUAAUCUUGAACAUAUGACCGAUGAUUUAUGCCGUGCAUUAGUCUAUGUUCGAGAUCAUAUACAUGAACAUUGCCCACAAGCUGAUACGAAUCAAAUAUUUCUAACGGGUCAUUCUGCCGGUGCACAUUUAAUAAGUUUACUUGUUCUUGAUAAAGCACAUUUUGAACGUCAUAAUUUUGAUUCAUCAUCUAUUCGAGGAGUUAUAGUUAUGAGCGGAAUUUAUUCAUUGUCAAAUCCAACGCAUGAUUCGCAUAAUAAUAUUCGUAAUUUAAUUUUUCGUAUACUCUAUGGAAGUAAUUUAAUGUAUCCAGAAGGAAAAACAAUGUAUGAAUAUUCACCAAUUGAAUAUAUAAAAGCAGAUAGUACAUUACCACCGUUUCUCGUUAUGUCUGCUCGAUUUGACAUGGGUUUAGAAAUCGAUGCACAACGUUUUGUUGAAAAACUUCGUCAAUAUAAUUAUCAAGUUGAAUAUUAUGUUAUUGGCGGUAUCACAACGCAUGGAACAAUAGCGAGCAGAUUUUCAAAAAAUGAAGCACGCCGACAUUUUUUUACAUUUAUCCGACAGAAUAUGAUUUGA